CCGAGCGCACAGCCUCGCCCCGUUCAACAAAGGCAGCCCGGGCGCGUGCGGCGUUCGCAACUCCAAAAUGCAGUCCCAACAGUACCUGCAGCAGCGUCGAAAAUUUGCAGCUGCCUUCCUGGCAUUCAUUUUCAUUCUGGCAGCCGUGGACACGGCUGAAGCGGGGAAGAAAGAGAAACCAGAAAAAAAAGUGAAGAAGUCUGACUGUGGAGAAUGGCAGUGGAGUGUGUGCGUGCCCACCAGCGGGGACUGUGGGCUGGGCACCCGAGAGGGCACCCGGACUGGAGCUGAGUGUAAGCAAACCAUGAAGACCCAGAGAUGUAAGAUCCCCUGCAACUGGAAAAAGCAAUUUGGAGCGGAGUGCAAGUACCAGUUCCAGGCCUGGGGAGAAUGUGACCUGAAUACCGCCUUGAAGACCAGGACCGGAAGUCUGAAGCGAGCCCUCCACAAUGCCGACUGCCAGAAGACAGUCACUAUCUCCAAGCCCUGCGGCAAGCUGACUAAGCCCAAACCUCAAGCAGAAUCUAAGAAGAAGAAAAAGGAAGGCAAGAAACAGGAGAAGAUGCUGGACUAAUGCCGUCUUCUUGGACCACGAAAAGGACAUCAGCAAAAAGGAGCAGUUAACUAUUGCAUUUAUACCCAUGUAGGCUUUGUAUUCAAAAAUUAUCUAUAGCUAAGUACACAAUAGGCAGAAACAAAAAGAAAAGAAAAAUUUUGUAGUAGCAUUUUGUAAAAUGUAUACCAUAGUACCACUAGGGGCUUAUAAUAAAGGACUGUAAUCCUAUUUAGAAAGUUGACUUGUAGUACAUGAUAAAUGGUAGAAAACUGAGGUAAGUUUUUUGAAGUUAUGUGAUAUUUUACAUUUAAAAUCUUUUUUUUUUUUUACUUUUUCUUUCGGCAGCAAUUUAUGUGUUAUGACCAUGUAAACUACUUUUCUCGUUAGAUAAAUUUUUCACCUAGACUUUUUUUCCCAAUUGAGAAAAAUAUAUACUAAACAAAGCAGCAAUAAAAUAUAA